AUGACGAUCGAGAUGAGCGAGCGUGUUUGGCUCGAAGUGGGACAUUCGUGUCAACCACGAAGUAAUGCGCGGGGUCGUGCACAAGCGCUUGACUGGCGGCUGUGGGUGUGCGGGGCGAACGGUCUCGACAUCAGCGCUUUCGUGCAUAAAGUUGUCUUCCUUUUGCGACCAGCCAGCGCGUUUGUCUACACCAAAAGAGAGGUUCGGAAGCCGCCGUAUGAGAUCCAAGAGACGGGCAGCGUGUCUUCAGACAUACUCAUUGACGUGUAUCUAAAACACAGCACUGAACCAAAGAAGGUUCGCUUAAGUUAUAGUCUGGUCAUUGAAGACGAGGUAAAGGGUAGCACUAAAUAUCAGUGUAUGUCCAUCGACGUGGAGAAACCAUCGAAACCGCUGUGGCCAGCACUCAAGGUCGAAGGUGGCGAGGCGGUAGGGCAUGCCGAUGCGAACAAUCCUAGCGAUCGUCUGGUGAUAAUACCGGAAACACAUGCCACACCUACCCCGUCUCGACACAAAUUCAUAAAGCCUGUACAAUGCAAACAUGUUCGGCGAAGAUCAUCGAAGCCGUACGCCCUCAAUGAUACUUGCACUAAAUGUGGCAAGUCGCAAAUCCAAUUAAAGGAUCAGUUGCGUUUGACGAAAAUGACAGAGGACGAAAUAGAAUGUGCGACGCGACUGUAUGUUGCUUUCUCUGAUUACGAAAAGCACUUGGAUGCGAUCACAUUGCCGCCGCUCUCCGACUCUAUUUAUAGUGUACCUGAGUUGCCAGCAUCACUACAGGAAAUGUUGAAGAACGCUGAAAUCGAAAAGCCUGAGCUUUGA